CCAACACAGUCAGUCUGGUGCCUUGUUGUUUCAGGCUGCAUCAAAGGAAGAUGCUGCAAUCCUCGAAGGGGGCUCUUUUGCUUCUUCUACCCUGUCUCGGUGGCUUGGUCCUGGGAGAGGUUGGAGACUUCUCUCACUGCCUGCGCUUCUUCUACAAGAGAGUUCCGCCAGAGGGCAUCGAUACAGAAGGGUACCGGCCGAUAUGCCAGCGCUACAAAAACCAGUACCGCUUUGCCAGCCUGUACCACUUGCAGCGUCGCACGCCCUUGUACUCUGCCUACACACUCACUCCUGCUGCAGGCAAACGGCCCAAAAACAUUUGGAAGUAUGAACCACAGCUGGCCUUCUCCCGUGACAGUGCAGAGAUGCGCCCCUUCCCAAAGAAUCGCCCCGUCAGCCAGAAUGUGAUUGAGAGCCAGGCGGUGCUUCUGGACUAUAAAAACUCCACCUACACCAAAGGCCACCUAAACCCCAGUUCGCACCACCAUGAAUUCGAGGACCGGCAAGCCACCUUCACCCUGACCAACGCUGUCCCCCAGCGCUUAGGCUCCAACUCCGGCCCCUGGGCUAAGCUGGAGAAUGAGGUGAGGGCCAGGCUCGAGGCCUUCUGCACAGGACCCAUGUUUGUCAUCACCGGUGCCAUUCCCUACAACUGUGCAGAUCGCUGGAUCAAAAACAGGGUGGCAGUGCCUGAGUACAUGUGGUCUGCCUACUGCUGCCCGUCCUACAACGCCAGCCUUCCUGAGUCUGUGCGGCCCUAUUUCCCCACAUAUGCUGCAGUGGGGAGGAAUGACCGCGAGAGUGGGGAGGAGAUCGUGCCAAUGGAUUCCAAGGCAAAGGAGUCGGACAGAGGAUAUGAUGUGAGGCUGAUGUCCUUAGAGAUCCUGGAGACUAUCCUGAAACAAAGGCUGGCCAUGCCAAUCAGCCUGUUUCAUGGGCAGUGUCAGUGAUGAGGCUGACUUAUUGAAACCAGAAGUCACCUAUCUACUUUGGUUACUUGCACACACCUUGUUCAACAUCUUGCCAUCUCCACUGUUUCCAUGUCUGCCAAGGGCUCCCAGGUGGCCGUAUUCACCAGCGACAACACAUCCCCUGGUGACUCAAGUCCCAAUAAAUCUCCUCCUCUUUCAUCAUGAAUGCUCCUUUUCUGUAACUACUUAUUAGGCCUUUAACUCAUUCAACUGCU